AUGUCGAAGAAGUGCUUCGUAAUCAAGAGUUGCCUUUACUUCGUCUGCUUCGGGGUCAUAUCCAUUAUGCUAGCUAUAGCGCUUUCUGAUUGGGGGUAUUACGGCCCUGAGCCGAUAUUGAAGGUGUGGAAUGCGAGGAAACAGUCAACAGAGGAAAUGUUGUUAGACAGCACAAACGCUGCAAACGAAUUUAUCUCACCUUCUGUCAAGUCCUUUAUUCGGGCAUCAACAACAGACAAUUCACUGAAAGGUCUCGCUGUGUAUUUGAGCCUCACAAACGCGUGUCAAACACUGGAUGAUGUAAGCAAAGCAAAGAAUCAAGUUCACAAAAUCGCUCUUGUCACACUAAUGCAGAACAAUCAAAGUACAUGUACUUUAGAAGACCUUGCCAAAAAUGUACAAAAUGCAGGUUACUCUCUGUUAAUAUAUUUUUGUGCUACACCGCCUUUUAGAGUGAAGAACAGUAAGAACAAGGUAAUGAUAAUGAUCCCAGUGGCAACGGUGUACGACACCAAUGUAGGUGAGGUAAAGAGAAUCUUUUCCCAUGCAGAUCGAACUGAUGUUGACAUUGCGUGUUUGCCCCCUAAUGGUCAACAAAUAGAUUAUUUGAGGAAAAUGGAGUCUUAUUUAAAAAGACUAUAUUUUUGGUUUCUUAUUGGACCUUUAAUUACUCUUGAGUGGAUGAGACGUACAAGGAAAUUUUGUUGCAUGUCUGACAGUCAAGAAGAGCAACGGGUCGGUGAAGAGCGAGCAACUGAAAACGAAGGAAAUGCUGCUGAAAAUGAAAUUCGAACCAUGGAGGAAGGUGAAAAUGGAACUGAGGAACCGUUGGCCUCAAAUUACCAAGAGUCCAGAGGAAGAAACCCAGGACGCGAAGUUUCGAGCCAAAGCAGUGAGGAACAACCUUUACUUGUUGAAUUUACAAGACUACCACGACGCAAUCGAAGUGUGGUUACGAGUUUCAAAAAGUUCUUUUGCAAAGGGGUGAUGUGUUUUUCUUACCUAAUGCUUUUUAUUGUGGCUCUUCCGAUUUCCAUAUCUUUUGGAUGCUUCUCCUUUUUUAGAUUUGAUCACAGGGUAUUUCCUGCUAUGUUUUUUCUUUUAGAAGACAUGCUUCAAACAUUUUUGUCCAUUGUUCUGUUUUUGUGGUCACCUUUUCAGUUAUUUUGUUUCUUACUGUACAGUCGGUUGGCUUGUACUACCACUUGGGUUGUUCCUAUCACCUUCUUAAAACUUAUUCGUAGCGACUGGUUUGCUUCAAACAUUUCUUUGCUGGUUCUAGCUGUAGUGGUGCCAUUAUGUGCCUCAUUAGGCACAUUUAGUUUUUUCGCAACUUACAACACCGUUUGCACAGUGUGCAAUAUGCUUUUCGUAAUCAUUUUAAACAAGCACAACUUUGUCACGCGAUACGUUUUCUACAUUAGCGUGUGCAUGAUUUUUGCCUAUCUGGAAAGCAGCAUUGUUGCCGUGUUUUAUUUUGUUCUCAAUUCUGAAGGAUCCUUAGACAACUUAAAACUAACUGCCCUUCGCACUGUGGCCAUUGGCCUUACUUUGAAAGUGAGUUUCAGUUCUUCCAUGCACAUUGUAUGGAAACUCAAUAAGCCGACAGAAUCCCUGUUUGAGGGACUUUCGGAGAAGUAAGUUUUGCUGAUUGGAGUUCUCUGAUCAGAGAGUCUACAGUCUCACUGAGAACUGUGGCAAACGGUUUGUGAAUUGAUAAUCAUGUACUUAGCAUAAGCCAAAGUAAACGGUUAGGAUAGGAAAGAUGCUCAUUCGAUCAGCUCACAUCCAAAACCUGUGAGUAAACUAUUUGCUUUGAGCAAAACAAUGGGCUUUUGAAAAAAAAAUCCUGGCUUGCUUUAUUCUUUAAAACAAAACCGAAAGAGUUGCGGGACUUAGCUUCCGCCUUCAACAUGUCACGCGUUUAUACGAAACUGUCACAAUAACUUCAACUCCAAUAAUCCGCAAACGCAAAGGUGAAUACUGAAAAGUUAAAUAUCAGUAACGCAUGGCGGAGCAAUUUCAUUUGAAGCUUUAAAACUAAUUGGUAACAUUUUGCUUGAUUAAACAGGAGUUGGCAGGAGCGAUGGGCUCCUAUAGUUAGGUGUCAAAUUAUAUAACGUAUGUAACCUGUACAGUGCCGGAUCUAGGUAACGGUACAGGGAACACAGCUUUCUCUGGUUGUUACGCCAGUCUAUGGCUACAAUCCCGCUCUGUUUUGAGUUCUUUCGGUGUCGUGUUGAUGUCUUGCACAGUUAAUUUUCACGUAGUACGACCAGCAUUGUAGUAUUCUGUUUGCAGAAUUUAAUAUGUCUACAGGGAACACAGCCCAGAUUAACUUUCUACCAAAAGGCCCAUAAGGCCGACCCCUAAUAAUCAAAAUUUCUGAAUAAGAGUGCCUCCUACCUCCUUAAGGUCGAGAUCCAGCAGGACUACAGAUUAAUCUAGCAGCACGAUUUACUACUCGCUGCAAGUUUUGAAGUGAGAUCUUAGUAAUGCGUGAAGUAGUAGAAACCAAUGUAUCAGUGUAUGUAAUAAGAAGCAGUAAUUUUUCGUGCAACGUUUUGUUUAGAUGUGAGAAGGUGGCACGAAGUCAGACAGCGAGAAAAAAUAAAAAGCAAGAGAGGGAGAGGGGAGAAGGAACCAUCCUUCACUUUCACUCCCUACCCCACCCUAGGCCUCCCUGUUUUUCCUGCUCACCGCGAUUUGUGCCUUUCCCACAAUCUGAACGCCUGGAAUAGGCUAUUGAUAAGGAAACAUAAGUCAUAGUAUUCGUAGUACAAGAAAAUUAUUGCUUGUGGUUGUAUAUAUUGUCCAGUUUAUGAUACUGUUAUAUAAAAUUUCGAGAUCAAAAAAAGUCCCAAGUCGAAUGACUCAGGGUGAUAAAGUAAAACAGUAUUUCUUAUACUAUUAUUAAUAAUAAUUUGAUUCUAAUGAUUUCUUUUUGUUUCUAAUGAUGUAACACUCUUGAUUAAUUCUUUUUUACAUUUUCCCUCUAAUGAUAAGGGUUCAAGAGAUUUGUUGUUUUCAUUUAAGAAUUUUUUUAAAUAAAAUUUUUGUACGUAAAAUGGAUGUGAUGCUUCUUCUAUUAUUUCACCAUCAUCAACCUCGUCCCCAGGGUCUUCUCGCUUUCCAAUAUGGCGGCGGCAGGAGAGAAGACCCUGGCACACAGCAGAAAUCACGUGACUGAUUUGUCCACGGAGAGUGGAAAUUUAUUCAAAAUGGCGGCCAAGAUAAAGAGUGAGAGGAUCUGGGUACGAGGUCUUGAGACUGGUGAAAAACAAACAAAAUGGCGGCAAAGGCAGAACUCAAAAGAAGCUAAAAAUAUGAAAGAAUACACUUACAAGCCACAGGAAUACGGUAGAAUGAUAUAGCGAUCUUAUUUUCUGUUCAAUGACCUUCAUUUGUUUUAAGCCUGAAAGUUCUAGCGCACACGGCUGUCUACAACUUAAUUUCUCGAUACCGACCUUUUUUGUCGUACCCUGAGCGCGCAGAGGUUCAGGUUUCUUCUUUCGUGAAAGGGGGAGCUUUUUCUAACCGUGAGCACAAUUUUUUUCUUCAUGUUAGGAAUUUCGAGAACAGACCUCUGAAGCCAGGGAAUUUUUUGUCAUGACGUGACGCUCUAAGACCUCUUCCGCUCCGAAAUUCAACUAAGCAUUAAAGGGACUGGUUCACGAUAAUGCGCAUGUGUGAGUUCUGACAGUAGCUGAUUGUUUUUCAACCAAUCGGAAGCGAGUUAGAUGCACGUAAGUAGAUUUACAAAAUUCAAAUUAAUUGUUCGCGACGCGAGAGUAUUUCCGGGCAUUUGGUUUGAAUUUAUUUAUCCCCAUAAUUCAAGUUUAUUCUUUGCUACUCCUCAGAUAUAUGUUGCAGCCGAUAAGAAUAAGAUUUACAGCCCUGUCUUGCUUUGAAACAAACAUUUACCAACGUGUAUUUUUACGAGGUCGUACCCACGCUAACAAAACAGUCACCGAUCGGCAAACAAAAUUUGUAAACAAACAUCUUAUUACUGUUCUCUCAGUUCGCCUUAUAUAAACCCAGAAAUACCUACAAAUAGCGCCUGACCGGUGACAAAAACACACAACGUAUGAGUAUAAAGAUUAUCCUUAAUUGAGCAUAAAUUUCAAUUGCUUAUCAGCAAAUGAACAAAUUCAUUCGCUUUGCAUCGGGUCAAUGUUCCGCAAAACAAAUGUUAUCGAGUAGCACACAUAAAGAAACUAGAUUAUAAACAGAAUAUUCAGGCAAUAAUUUAUUGUAAAAACAUCAAUUCUUAAACAUAUACGUUCGUAAAGCAAAGAUACAAGGAACAUUUCAAGUGUACCAGAUCGGUAAAGAUCGCGCGGCCUGUUGCGGUAUAACUACAGGUCGGAGUCAAAAAUCAAAUCAAAGUUGAACGAACUCAUGCCUUUAACCACUUUUCAAGGCUCGUGUAUUCUUUUCGUAUGCCACACACUACUCCUAGAACCAUACCAGUUCGAUAGGUUAAGCUUCUCUAUCUCCAGAGACUCUUGAGAACGUCCUGUUGCCGGACGGCCACGAUGCUUUUCUGAACCUCCAUGAUCUAAACAUUAUUUUUUGCGUCUUCUUAAAACGCAACCAGUCAAACGACACAACCACACGUUAAUCACCACUACCGAAGUAUAACUAGACCAGCCAAAGCGACGGAUGUCCGAAUAAAACGAAGGAUUUUCAAUGAUUGUACCGGUAACGGCGAUUUCGAAUUUAGUGUUGACCCAACAAAUUUAUUCUGAAGAGACAAACGGCGCGCAUGCGCAUUAUCGUGAACCAGUCCCUUUAAAUUGAGUCGCAGACACUUUAAGCACAAGUAGCCCAAGCUCACUAUGAGAGCCCUGAACAACAUUAUCCUACUUAGCUAAUUAAUUAUUCAUACAGCAAGAAAAUUAUAAGACGUUGUAUGGAGAAAUAUUCUUUGCUCACUAAAUUAGCAAAAUGUACAUUGAAUAUCGCUUUGAAGCUUACCUCUAGCGUCUUGUUGUUUUUCUUUGUAUUCUGACUGCAUUUCAGACCUCCUAGGCACUGUUUAAGGCCUUUUUUUGAGCGACAGUUUUUCACCCAGAUGACAGUAGAGAGAAGAGAAGAGAAGGUUGGCAAACCUCUCUUGACCGGCUCCGCUCUCGGCGGCGAUAAAUUCCGUGACAUUUGCGACAUGGAGACAAUUCCGCCAGAAACAGAUGUCCUGAUUAAUUACGCACAUUUUCCAUCAUUCACAUCGCCAAAAUUCCCAUUUCGAAGGUCCUAAAUCGCCAACGAAGUGCGCAAUACACGGCUGAGGUGAGGCGAGUCGAGAGCAGACCCGCAACGGACUCCAACCGUCAUGUCGACAAUUCAAACCGUCGCGGGCUGGCAGGGUCAAAUUGUUCAACCGUCAAAGGACAAUUGGAGCAUUUAGCCUACUGGGCACAGUAGAGCGAUUUCCGUAUGUCCUUGAAAAAUGGUUUCGGUAAGAGUUCGUUAGUUGUUUUGUCAGCCAAUGGUUGAAAAGAACAAAACAUGGACUCUUCGUUUUCCCGCCAAAGAAAACCCUAAUAUGGAGAAGGCAUCGUUCGAUUGACCAAUCGUGUUGCAGUAUGACGUCAAAGCGAUUUCUAGAAAGUUCUUCGGGCAUGAAGUUUUUUUAGCCGAGCGUUCGCUUAACCAACCAAAAGCCAGUUGCGUUUGUAUCCGUUCGAUAAACCAAUCAAAUCGCUCUAUUUCCGUUCUUUUGUUGUUUCUGUUUUGUUCGCACGUUUUCAUUUCAAGGUCAUACGAAAAUCGUUCUAACUGAUUUUUCACUUCUCACAUUGCACUCCGGGGUCGCGGAAGUCAAGCAUCGCGUGUGAUAGUGACAUGUAAUAUCAAAACAUGUCGCGUUGUUAAUGUUUUGAUCCUGUCCCCAAACUUGCUACUUACUGCCACUUGUUGAAAAAGGGAGGAAAAAUAGCUAACAACUGUUUACAGCCGUAGUAAUUCUUAUUGCAAAAUUUUUUUCCAAAUCAUACAUAAAAAACCAUUGUCAAACGCUUUUUAAAAAGAAGAGUAGAGAUCAAAACAUUAACAACGGGACAUGUUUUGAUAUUACAUGUCACUAUCACACCCGAUGCUUGACUUCCGCGACCCCGGAGUGCAAUGUGAGAAGUGAAAAAUCAGUUACUGUGCCCAGUAGGCUAAAUCCUCCAAUUGUCCUUUGACGGUUGAACAAUUUGACCCUGCCAGCCCGCGACGGUUUGAAUUGUCGACGUGACGGUUGGAGUCCGUUGCGGGUCUGCUCUCGACUCGCCUCACCUCAGCCGUGUAUUGCGCACUUCGUUGGCGAUUUAGGACCUUCGAAAUGGGAAUUUUGGCGAUGUGAAAGAUGGAAAAUGUGCGUAAUUAAUCAGGACAUCUGUUUCUGGCGGAAUUGUCUCCAUGUCGCAAAUGUCACGGAAUUUAUCGCCGCCGAGAGCGGAGCCGGUCAAGAGAGGUUUGCCAACCUUCUCUUCUCUUCUCUCUACUGUCAUCUGGGUGAAAAACUGCCGCUCAAAAAAAGUCAGAAUACAAAGAAAAACAACAAGACGCUAAAGGUAAGCUUCAAAGCGAUAUUCAAUGUACAUUUUGCUAAUUUAGUGAGCAAAGAAUAUUUCUCCAUACAACGUCUUAUAAUUUUCUUGCUGUAUGAAUAAUUAAUUAGCUAAGUAGGAUAAUGUUGUUCAGGGCUCUCAUAGUGAGCUUGGACUACCUGUGCUUUAAGCUGAUAAGUUAUCGUCAGUUUUGUUACAGAUCUUCAUGAGGUUUUUGACUAUUGUUUUUCUAUCUGCACAAAUUUUAACUGAACUCUGAUAUGUAAAAAAACAAUUUUUUUUCUGAAAACAAGAACCAGAGAACACUAUUUUGUUAAUAUAAUUUGAGGAAACUUUGGUUGAAAAUUAAACAGUUCCUUGGUCAGUUUGGAUAUUUUGUCACUUGAACUGGUACAGGUAAUAAAAUUAUUGUUAUAAAUCUUCAUCUACUUCACAGUUUUUAGACUUUGUUAUUGGCUUUUGAUAUCUAACCCCAUUCACAGUGCUUCCAGGCAAUAGAGAUAGGGGCCUUAUUUAAUCUAGCAAAGACGGUGGUAUUAGUUCCCCACAAAAAAAAAUGCCAAGUGAAAAAGCCCAAGUACAAGAAGGUUGGAGGUCAAGCAGCCGAGGAUCAAAAACAAAUCCGAACUUCCAGUUGGUGAAUAAAUCAUCCUGGAUCGGUCCACAGAAAGCUUUACAGUUUUCAUUGAUUUAUACAGUCUCUUAUUUAUUAGUGAAGAAUAAGAAAAUAAUAAUAAUAAUAAUAACUGUUUAUUCACAAAUCCAAAUCGGAAAGUGAAAAGGAGAUAAAAGAGGUUAUCCCUUUCUAGUUUAAGGUGGGAUGGGGGUUAAAAAAGAUGGGGGCUUAUUGUUAAAACUUUCUUUCACUGAAAAGGAGGGCUUAUUUGAGAGAGGGGGCCUUAAUAGAGGAUUUAAGAUGUUGUUAUUAUUGUUUUUUUUUUGCCUCUCAGAUGUAAAAAAAAGCAUUAACCCCGCUUUAAUAGCUAGCAAAAGGUGAAGAGUGUUUCCAUUGUUUGUAAUAUAGCAAUUCAAAAUGUAUUCUCCACUUUGAAAUAGAUUUGAUUUUCAGAGCAAAAACUUCCUUAAUCCCUGACUUUGGUUUAUUUGACAUAUUACUUGGGGCUACACUUUGCCAUGUCAAUGUGCAAAUUGACCAAAGGCUAGACUCCAGUUCAAAAAUUUGAUAGUCCUAUCUGAGUCAUGUGCACAGUAAGAGUUCCUAUCUCAUUUGGAGAUAAUAGAUGUUUUAAGUCAAACACGCUUUGCUCGUCAGAUGGGCCCUUUCGUACUCUAAUUGAGACAUGACUUGGUAGCGGUGUGCUGAUUAUCAAUCAUAAUCUAUAAAGCAUCAGAAACCUAAAGCAAAGUGAGUAUUGCUUAUACAAAUGUUCAGUUGAUUGUUGUGGAAAAUUCACAAAAACAUUGUUGACAAAUACGGACAUUAAUACACCUGUGUUGUCUUUUUGAUGGGCUCUUAAUGUAGUUUAUAUGAUGUUUAGUUGGUUUAACUAUGUGACAGAUAAGCCUCUGCUUGCAGGGUAGGUUUUUUGUUUUGUUCACUUACAAAAUUAUUUUCAGUGUUGAAAGUGGCACACAGGGGGCACAAAACUAUAAUCUACUAUAAUCGAUUAUCAGUUUAAUAGUUGGGUUAAUCUGAUUAUUUCUGACGAUAUGAUUAUAAUACAGACACUAUUACUAAGACUAACCAACUCCUUAAAGUAGACUUUGAAAGUAUUUAAGCCAGCACAUCUAACAGCUGCAACCUCACACCGCAACACCUAAACAAGAUAAAAGCCUUGCCUUGUCCCUGUGUGGCAUUUUCCCAGGCCUUAAUUCUUGGUCAAUUCAUUUCGGUGACUUAUCUUAGGCAAACUGGAGGGAAACUGUUUCACUAUUUCGCUUGGGACCACGUGACCUAAAACUCAUUGGCCAUGACUAGGCAACUAAAAAGCUCACUAUGCUAAUGGGGACUCUGGCACAAAACACUUCAAAAAGCCUUUGCAUCUCGACAUGAAAAAUCCCAUGAUCGAGAUGCUCCAGGCCCCUUCCGCUCUUGUUUAUUCAGUGGAUAGUGAUAUAUGCACCCUUUGAAGUAGUUUAUUUUUUUAAAUCCAAGGUUUAGAACUGAAUUAUAGCUGCUUCACAAUCAUACCCAGCUGGUGUUGGAAUACUACAGUACAAGCCACUUUUUCACCUGGUCCACAAACCCCCUUUUCAAGGAUAUAGUGACAAGAACAUCAUGCAGUGACAAGAACAACAUGCACACUUAGCCUGCAGUAAUUAGAAGCUCAAUUGACAGGUUUUAGUUUGACAGAAAACAUAUUUAUCUUGGGGUCACUGUCACCCCAUGUCUGGAAUCUGGGAAAUUUUUCUCUUGGAAUCUGGAAUAAAGGUCCUAAAGUACUCUGGAUCCCACUUAUAACUGGAAUCCGGAAUCCAUGUUCCACUGACAAAGAAUCCAGAAUGCGGUAUCCAUGGCGCAAAAUUGAGAAUCCAAGACUGUCAGAUUUCCUUGAAUGGGCUGAUCACUGUUUUCAACUUGAUAAAAUAAAAGACAUCAUGUGCUUUCAUUUAUUUUAUUUUUGCAACUAGAAAGAAAUCCCACAAGCUUCAAUACAUCAAUAUGUAAGUUUUUCAUUUCUGAGAAAGGAAACAGUUUAUUUUCCCAAUGUCUCUGUAUUUAGCUGUAUUUUACUGCCAAUGAAAUGAGUAAACAAUAAUAAAUUAUCAUUAUUGUGACACUAAAAACUGAAUAAAUGAAAAGUCAGGAUUAAAAAUAUCAAAUGAUAGCGACACUAUGUUUGGCUUCAAUUUUUAGUUUUGUUUCGACAUCUGCCUCUCUCGCUCCUCGUCCCCCUUCAAAAUCACAGUGGAAAAAUUAAAAGAAGGCCAGGUUAGGCCCAUGAAUGUUACGAUCAAAUGAAAAGAAUGUUUCACUUGACAAAAAACUGCUGAGACAAAGCGCAGAUUAUGCAAGAUUUCCGUAUAACCACAUACAUUAAUAAUAUUAAGCAUACAGCUUUUGUUCAAAGAAAACAAAAGGGAGAACAAUACUACACCUUUGCAACGGGCAGCUAAAUUUAUUGAUAAGCUGAAGCCUUGCAAGUAUUCUUUCACCAAUCGGGAAUUAAAGAAACAAAUCUUUAGUAAUUUUCGGAACACACAAACCAAAUAGCACCAGUAACAGAAAUACCUCUACGCGUUAUAAUAUUCCCAGCGAUUACCAGAUAUCACUAUAUUCGAAUCUUUGCCUUCCAACGGCAUAGUCACAGUUUUCCGAACAAUCAGACCUGAAUUCUGUCCACCUUUUAGGUCUCAAACACUGAAGAAAAUACUUCUCAGCCUCUACGAAGCCCUCAAAGGUUAACCAUCUUUGUUUUGGAAGGAAUAAACCAAUGAGAGCGCACGUAUGAACGCGCUAUGAAAUGCACCAAUCAGCGAUCGUUUUAGUUCGCUGUGUGCCAGGGUCUUCUCUCCUGCCGCCGCCAUAUUGGAAAGCGAGAAGACCCUGGGGACGAGGUUGCACCAUCAUCAUCACGAUAAACAAAUUUUCUCGUAUUAGCGACUGGUUUGCUUCAAAUAUUUCUUUGCUGGUUUUAGCUGUAGUGGUGCCUGUAUGUUCCUCAACAUACAAUUUUGGCUUUUUCGUAUCUUACAACGCCGUUUACACAAUUUGCAAUCUGCUUUUCGUAAUUAUUUUCAAGCACAAGUUUGUCACGUGCUACACGUUUUCUACAUUAGUGUAUGCAUGUUUUUUGCGUAUCUGGAAAGCAGCAUCGUUGCCGUGUUUUAUUUUGCUCUCACUUCAGAAGGAUCCUUAAACAAUUUAAAACUAACUGCCCUUCGCACUGUGGCGAUUGGCCUUACUUUGAAGGCGAGUUUCAGUUCUUCCAUGCACAUUAUACUUACUAAGCCGACAGAAUCACUGCCUAAGGGACUUUCAGAGAAGUAAACGAACCUUCCCGAGGUAAUUUUUCUGAUUGAAUUUUCCGGAGUCCACGGUCUCAUUGAGAACUUGGACAACUAAAAUCUGAAUGAAAAAGGUAGUAAGCGCGGGGUGGACGAUGGGAAGAGAGGAAAGUCUCCCGGCCUUCCCAUUAUCCCUACCGCCCGUUCUUUUUUUUACCCUCUUCUCAGACUUCCUACGACGCAAAGAGGCCUGGCCGAAGAGAGGGUAACACGUAAAUCAACCACAACCAGUUUAUCUGAUAAAUACUAGAGAACAGAUAUUCUUGAUGUAGCAGGUUAUAUAAAAGUGACAUAAAUCAAAGUAUUCGUAGUACAGGACAAACAUUGCUUGUGUUUUAAAAGACCUUGUUUUAACUGUACGUUCAACGAUUGGUAUUUGCAAAUGCAGAAGAUAGAGACUUACCAAUCUUUGCAGUUUAUAUUGUUUUUAUCGACAUAAAUUGCAAAGUACCUGAGUUAAAAAAGUGGCUCAAUAAAAUUUAGUUUCAUUAUUUUCCUAUGCUUAGUACAUGUUCAUUUGAACUUGGAUCCCAAGAAUUUGGACGACUAUGUACGAGACUGUAGUUGAUAUAUGUUUUUUUUAACCAACAAUUUGUUAUUGAACAGAAACAAUCCGUCAAAUCUGUGUGUUACUUACCCCCUUGUAACAAUCAUCGAAUUGCCACAUUCUAAUUAAGUCAUGUCUCUUAUGAGACCUGAAUUUUCGUGCAUUUAGCCAAGUAUUCACCGAUAGUAAGUGAGAUAAAAGUUGAAAGCACUCACCAGACCGCUACAAGAUUACAACCCAUAAAACGGUCAUACAUCGGCCCAUGGACCACAAAGGAGAGACGUAACACACAUUUUAAUUAAGGUAAGCUGUUUUUAAUUGAAAUACUUUAAUUUUCAUAGGCUACAGAAAAGAUAGGUUUUAUUCCCAUACAAAUCCAUAUACUUCGAAUGUUACGCUACAAUGCCGAUACUCAUAUUUCGAACUUGGGUAACCUGUGGUCUUCUUGCCAAGAAGUGACCGCAUUAGCCUCGCUUUCGCGCUAAAACAAGCACUCGCCCUAGGCCGCCCGGGAAUACGAAGCUUGCUUAUUUGUAUUCCUGAUAAAUUAGGGGUUUCAGUUGCGCACAGCGCUAUACAUCAAACAUGUCUAGAACUGACUGGCUUUUAGUUAUUCUAAUGUGCCUGUCGUUUUGCAUUUUCCUUGAAUCGCUAAUCGUACCUAUUAUUAAGUUUGUUGCGCCCAGUGUGGAGUUCGGCCCGCGUGAACAAACCGCAACGUUGACACUUUAUCCUCGAGAUGAAGAAACGGUUGUGCAUUUCGAACUCAGUGACGUCGCUAGUCCUGACUCGGCACCGUCACUUGAGACCGUAAUUCAACUUUGUCAGGGAAGUGAUGGAGUGCGUUUAAGGGUCUGGCCUUGUAUUCAAACCUCACGAAUGGAUGUGAGCCGAUCCAUGAUGUGCGCAGUAAGAUACAAGUCCACAAAAUCGCCCUUGUCACAGUUGUGA